ACUCGCACCAGAUGUUGACAUUCCGACUUGACAGGUUUAUGCUCAGCAUGGGAGACAUCUCCGGGGAAGGGAGCUGUACUAUAAAACAUGAACUGACAAGUGCCAAUCUCACUGGACACAGAGAAAGAGUUGGAUUAGAAAACUUUGAGCUACUGAAAGUCCUGGGAACAGGAGCAUAUGGAAAAGUUUUCCUGGUUAGAAAAAUUACUGGUCAUGAUGCAAACAAACUCUAUGCAAUGAAAGUGCUUAAGAAGGCUUCCAUUGUACAAAAAGCAAAAACAACUGAGCACAUCAAGACAGAACGGCAAGUGUUAGAACAUAUUCGACAGUCUCCUUUUCUGGUCACGUUGCACUAUGCCUUCCAAACCGACACCAAGCUUCAUCUUAUACUAGAUUAUGUGAAUGGUGGUGAGUUGUUUACACAUCUAUACCAAAGAGAACACUUCACAGAAGAAGACGUUCAAAUCUAUGCAGGAGAGAUUGUGUUAGCACUAGAACACCUUCAUCAGCUUGGCAUCAUAUAUCGAGACAUCAAGCUGGAAAAUAUUUUAUUGGAUGGUGAUGGUCAUAUCGUUUUGACAGACUUUGGACUCAGCAAGGAAUUGGUCACUUUUGAGGAUGAAAGAACAUAUUCAUUCUGUGGUACCAUUGAAUAUAUGGCACCAGAGAUUAUUCAAGGAGGAAGUAGUGGCCAUGAUAAGGCAGUUGAUUGGUGGAGCCUUGGGGUCCUUGUGUAUGAACUGCUGACCGGAGCUUCGCCUUUCACCGUGGAUGGUGCAAAGAAUUCUCAAUCAGAAAUCUCAAGGCGAAUCUUAAAAAACGAUCCUCCAUUUCCUUUGGAAAUUCAGCCCACUGCCAAGGAUCUAGUACAGAAACUGUUGGUGAAAGAUCCUAAACAAAGACUUGGGUCGGGGCUAACAGGAGCUGCAGAGAUAAAGUCUCAUUCGUUUUUCCAGGGCCUAAAUUGGAGAGAUUUAGCAACCAAGGCAAUCAAACCUCCCAUCAAACCAGUCAUCCAAAAUGAACUUGAUGUCAGCAACUUUGCAGAGGAGUUUACAAGAAUGGAUCCAGCCUAUUCUCCUGCUGCUCUUCCUCAACAUACAGAUUUAUUUAAGGGUUACUCAUUUGUUGCACCUUCUAUACUGUUUAAUCGAAAUGCCAUAAUGAACCAUACGUGCAUCUAUGAUCUGCAGAUGGCCAUAGAUCGACCAGACAAUAACACUGUUGCACGUAGUGCUAUGUCAAAGGAUUCCCUCUUUUACCAGAAUUAUGAAUUGAACAUGAAAGAGAAGCCACUCGGUGAAGGAAGUUUUUCUGUUUGUCAAAAGUGUCAACAUAAAAGGACUGGACAGGAAUACUGUGUCAAAAUAGUCAGCAGACGAAUGGAAGCCUGUACACACCGGGAAAUUGCAGCACUGAAGCUUUUAGGGGCACAUCCUAACAUUGUUGAACUACGUGAAGUUUACCAUGAUCAGUUACAUACAUAUUUGGUUUUGGAGUUGUUAAAAGGAGGUGACCUACUGGAACGUAUUAAAAAAAGGAAGCACUUUAGUGAAUCUGAUACAAGAAGAAUUAUGAGCAUGCUUGUUUCUGCAGUUCGUUAUAUGCACGAUUGUGGAAUUGUGCACAGAGAUUUAAAACCGGAGAAUAUUUUGUUUACUGAUCAGAAUGAUGAUGCAGUGAUCAAAAUAGUAGAUUUUGGGUUUGCAAGAGUUAAGCCUUCUGACAGCCAGCCAUUGAAAACUCCGUGUUUCACUUUGCAAUAUGCAGCUCCCGAAAUUUUCAAGCAAAAUGGUUAUGAUGAGUCUUGUGACCUGUGGAGUAUUGGAGUAAUAUUAUAUACAAUGUUGUCAGGACUGAAUCCUUUCCAAAAUAUGCAGCGAACUGUGAUAUCGAGUAUUGAUGAAAAAACAAGAACAACAAAAGAGGGAAACUACUCGCUUGCUGGAGAAGUCUGGAACAAUGUUUCUCAAGAAGCUAAAGAGCUGGUGCAAGGUUUACUUACUGUGGAUCCAAACUCUCGUCUGAAGUUAUCUAGCUCAAGAUUCAACAACUGGUUUCAAAAUAGCCAUUGCUUGUCCUCUAAUCCAUUGAUGUCUCCAAAUAUUCUUGAAUCUUCCACAAACAGUUACUUCAAAGCUUCUUUUAUGGCUGUUAACAAGUGCAAGAGAGAAGGAUUUUUCCUCCAAAGUGUUGAAAACGCUCCUUUGGCAAAGAGACGAAAGAUGAAGAAAAGUAGCACAAGUACAGAGACUCGGAGCAGUUCUAGUGAAAGCUCAAUUUCUUCUUCAUCUCAGUCUCAUGGCAGAACAUCUCCCAUAUGUAUCGUCCAAGUUCCUCUACCAGCAAAAACAUCUGCAUGUGUCUUCCAAUUUUCUGAAACUUUAAGUAAUAGUUUCAAUAAUACUUCACUCUAGCUAUUAUAAUAAUAAUUUUCAAUAUUUAAUGCCUUUUAAGAUUGAUUGGCAGCUGUACUUUUGGUCACUCAGAUGCCAAACUGUGGAAUCCUUCUCUAAAACCCUUUGGUACUCCAACUUUUCCUCCUGUCUGCCCCCUUUCCCAUCCACUCAAUCCCACUUAUUCUUCAUUGAAUGCCUUCCAAUUCUAUUGAAUGGUGGAGCAGGUUCAAGGAACUGAAUGGUUUACUCCUGCUCCUAAUUUUUGUGUUCUUUAAACUCACCUCUUCUACCAAGAUUUUUGUCACCUUUCCUAGUCUUUUCUCCUUUAGUCAGUUUUAGCAAAAUUUCCCUUGGACCUCCUGAAGCACAAAAAUGCAAGUCAAUAAUUUCAUCUUGUAAAAAGAGCUCAAAAGGUAACUUUGUUAUGAAAGUGUGAGUACUUUACAGAAAAGUAUUCUUGUACAUUGCCAAACAAUGAAGCUUGUUCUCUGAUGCAAAGAGAAGCAGCUUUAGAGUGCAAAUUUGAAUAACCAAGUGGCUUAGAGUUGAAAACUUAACAGCUUAAUGGUGAAAUAAGGAUGAUUUUAAGGGUGUGUUUCUGUUGUGAAGGUGAAUUGUCUCAUACUUAGACGUAGCUAUGAUUCUGGUUUUGUUUCGGUACAGCAUCUAUUUACUGUUCAACCUUGGUAGGGAAUUUUGAUGUUUGAUUUCUAGAAAGAAUGGGCUAAAGAUAUAGAAAGAAAUGUUUUACAAACAACUUGGGUGGCACAGUCAUCUCAACAUUUUGGGGUUUGUGAGAAGGAACAAGCAAUUAGAGAGCUAACCACUGACAGAUAAUUAGAGGAGGAUUAGGCGGAGUAGAUGGGCAUUAGCAUAAGAAUUGUUGGGGGAUAGGGAGAGUUAUUGUGAACUGUGAGUGUCUUAAUGUGCUUGAUGUGUAUCUUGUAAUUUUGUAAAAAUUAAUAUCGUCAAUAGGGUGCUUCAAAAGCUGUUACUUUAGAAUCUCGAAUCAUUGAAAAUAUCGCAGCCCGAUCGUGGAAAAUUAAGCAACCUGACUCCUGACAAAUUGCAAUUUUGUAAGACUAUGAUAAUGCUUUAAAUGGAUCUUCUGGAAUAGAGGAAAAAACAGUAAUCAUAAGAAACACAGCAAUGGUGGCACAGAGAUAUUAUAUUUUGCAAACAGAUUUCUUGGAACAGGCAUGCAUUUAAUAGCAGUUUAUUUUCUUAUGUUUUUGGUUUGUUGUUCUUUGCAAUAAUGUUGCUGUAAAAAUAGAUGGGCGUUAUUGGGCUGGGAACAGGUGAAUUAGCUCAGGGGCCUGGAAUCAUUGAGGCCCAAAGAUGUGUUAUACAGUUCUGACUGGAAGAACUUUGUGUGUUAAUGUUCUUGAAUUCGAAAAACAGUGCAUGAAGUACGAACUGAGAGGGAGUUGUGUGUACUUUUGUAGUAGUAUUAUAUGAAAUAUAAUUGGCUUCAGAAUGAUCUGUAGGUAGACCCUUUAAAAGCAUGAGUGAAUCCCUUCUGGUGUUCUUUGGGAAUCACAGCCCAUGGAAAGUAGUUUGUUGUGAAGAGGGUGCAAAAAUGAAGGCAGGUGAAAAUAGGUAGACCUCAUUAAAAAAAACUUAUUGAACAUGUUUCCAACAGAUGUUGGGUGUUUUCCUGGGAAAAAUGGCACAACAUCUGUUACGUCUGUACGUCUAGGUCAAAAGGUCAAUUUAGAUUCCCAUGGUAGGAACCUUUUGGCAAUGGAAAGUAUGUUUGUAAAGUGACCAAACAGAUUGACUAUCAGCCUUUAAGUCCUUCUGUAUGGCAGAUGGCAAGAGUGGGAGAGACUUUUGGUCAGCCAUCAUACAGAAGGCAAUGGGAAACUACAGCAAUACUUUGCCCAUAGCAGUGAUUUCAUCAAAUAGAAGUCCUUGACCCAACACAUUGAACUAGACUGGGAGAAAAAACAAAGAGAUGUUAUUAAAUCUCCAGUCAUAAAUUUUAUUAUUCAGGUUUAUUCAGUUGGUGACUCAGGCAAUAUUGUAGCUGUAAAAUACUUAAGUAAUUGUUUCAAUAAUUUUUUUGCAGUACUUCAUUUAUGCAUAUAGUUUGUUAAAAAUCUGAAGGAACUAAAUGCUCUUAUUUUCCCUCUUUACUCUAUCAUAUUGGUACUUUGUACUACUUUGAAUUCAAUCACAUUUACUUGGUAACUCAAAACAACUUCUAAUUCCCUGAAAUAAUAACUUAACAGAUGCAUGAUGCUAUGAUGUCUAAUACCUCUGAAACCACACUUUCAUAUGAGAAACCUUUGGAAGGGCUAAUGUUAUGAACAUGUGCUAGAUGCAAGAAAUUAGUUAUAUAGAUGGAGAAACCUAUUUAGGUAAACUGGGCAAUUAUUGCUGAUAUAAGCUAUUAAAUAAAGCAAUAAAGAAUAUUUGUUUUGUUUGUAAAUAAGCAUUAAUAAUUAUCAUACUUCAAAUAUAUUUUAAAACUUCACUGUGUGAUAAAUACCUAUUUUGAAAUAAAUUUCACUUCCUGUCAAGAAAAAGAAAUCUGCUUCCACUACUCUGAUAAUGUAUCAGCUAUGUGAGAUCAGGCAAGCUUUUAAUAAUAGUUCUGAAGUUUUGUCUGUAAUCUGUUAAAAGUAUUUAUUUUAAAGUAUUGUUAUAAGUUCAAUUAUAAAUUCUUUUAAUGAAUAAGAUAUUCUAGCUGGUCUAGGAGAAAUAGUCAUAACUGUUGCAAGCUAUUUUCUAUUCUGUACGUCUGCGGUUGUAAAUUAUUACUAAUCACAUGGCUGCUUUGAGUAAAGAAAUGAGAUACCAUCUUCCUGAUGUGUUCUUUCUUUAAACACAAUAUUUUGAUUUUUAUAUAGUUUGCUUUUUGUGCAGUUUAAUUUUAAAUAUAUUUAUUUGUCUCUAUUAGAGUAAUUGGGUACAG